UAGAUUCCAUAGUCCAAAAGAAACUUUCUAUUUACAAAUCACUUUAAUUUAGUUUUUAUUACUUGACGAUUGGACGUACGUGGUAAAAGACAUGAAGGUGCUUAAUAUAAAUCAGUUUCCAUUGAUUCGUAAUCGAUUCGAUGCUCAGUGCUUUAAUUUUGUGCGAUAUUUAUCACAAAACAAUAGCGAUGACUAUCAAUUCCUACAAAAGUCAAAUAUGCCAACAUAUUACUUUCAAAAAUCGCUACCGAGACUUCCGAUUCCUAAAAUAGAAAAGACUCUCGAGAGAUAUUUAGCAGCACAGCGGCCACUUUUGUCGGAUGAAGAGUAUAAAUUUACCGAGGCUGCCUGCACAAAGUUUGUUAAAUCAGGUGGUUGGGAGCUGCAAGCAAUGAUUAAGGAAAAAGACAAAGUCAACAAACAUACAUCAUACAUAUCGGAACCGUGGUCUACCAUUUAUCUUAAAGAUAGAUCACCAUUACCAGUCAAUUACAAUCCAUUACUGCUCAUGAAGCAUGAUACACGACCUGAAUAUAAUGAUCAAGCCAUUAGAGCAUCAAAUGUGAUUAUAAGCUCAAUGAGAUUUAUGAAAUCGCUUAAUGAUCAAAUUUUGGUUCCCGAGAUUUUUCACAUGGAUGCCUCGAAGACAGACACUGAUGCUUUUAGGUCUAAAAUCAUGAAGUUUCCAUCAUUCAUUGCGACAUAUGCUGCUUAUUUUUAUAAAGCAUAUCCACUUGACAUGGUGCAAUAUCAAGGUUUAUUUGCUGCAACUCGAAUUCCAAAACGUGACAAGGAUGUAAUUGAGAGAUUCAAGAAUGUCAAGCAUGUGCUGAUUAUGAAGGAUGGACACUUUUACGCUGUUGAAGUGCUCGAUGAAAAUGGAAAUAUCCGCAAUCCAGAAUUUAUCUAUUCACAAAUUAAGUACCUUAUGUCCAUGAAUGUUCCUGAAAACGAGGAUCCAAUUGCUGCCUUGACAACACAAAAUAGGAGACUAUGGGCGGCAGCAAGGAAUCAUUUAGUGUCAAUAAGUAGCAAAAAUGCAGAUAGCAUGAAACUUAUUGAUUCAGCGCUGUUUUGUCUUAAUUUAGACAAUACAACAUUAAAUGAGAAUGAUCCAGUUCCAACAAUCAGGAGCUUCUUAUUUGAUGAAUGUAAGAAUCGUUGGUAUGAUAAAUCAUUGUCAGUAAUUGUCGAUAAAUCAGGAACAACAGGAAUCAACUUUGAGCAUUCUUGGGGCGAUGGAGUUUGUGUUUUACGAUAUUUUAAUGAAAUUUAUAAAGACAUGCAGAACAAGCCUUUUGUGACGCCAAAAACUGAAUAUGUUCAAGGUGUAGAAUCGUCAGUAAGAAUGAUUAAGUUCGAUAUUGAUGCACAAGCUAAAAGUGAUAUAGAUGCAGCACUUACAGCUCAUAAGGAAGUGAUUAAUUCGAUCGACAUGAAUUUCUUAAAAUACAGCAAAUUGAAUAAAGUUCAAUGUAAAAAGUAUAAAGUAAGUCCCGAUUCCAUCAUGCAACUUAGCUUCCAACUUGGAUACUUUAAGCAAUAUAGGAAGUUUGUAGCUACAUACGAGAGUUGCUCGACUUCCGCUUUUCGUCAUGGUCGAACGGAAACGAUGCGUCCAUGCACAAGCGAAACAAAAGCAUUCAUUGAAGCUAUUGAGGGAAAAAAUCGACCAUCAAAUAAAGAAUUGAGAGAAAUGAUUGACAGAUGUUCAACAAAGCACUUUAAGUUGACAAAAGAAGCAGCAAUGGCGCAAGGAUUUGAUAGACAUUUAUUUGCACUUAAAACUGCAGCUGAAAGAAUUAGAAUUAUUGAUGAUUUUGAUCUGUUUAAAGAUCCAGCUUAUACAAGAAUCAAUCAAAAUAUUUUAUCCACAAGUACUCUGACCAGUAAUGGGCUCUUAGCUGGCGGAUUUGGUCCAGUUGUUAAAAAUGGUUAUGGGAUCGGUUAUAACAUUAGUGAUGAGCUUCUUGGAUGUGUCGUAUCCAAUUAUAAAAGUGAAACGAAUGGUAAAGAAUAUGUUGACUUAUUGGAACAAUCUUAUGAUGACUUGCUCAACGUCAUACAGGCUAAAUGAAUGAGAUAAUAGAUAUUAUGUAUGUUAAGUACAUGUUGGGUUGAUUGGGUAACUUUCUUUUAAACAUAUUUUAUAUCUAAACGACGAUGAUCGUUGCAAUAAAUUAUACAU